ACCGUCCGCCGCGCUGCCCCGAAACGUCUUCGAAGUGUGGUCGCUUCUAUGUUUCCUCCGACAGCUGGGAUGGCAUGCUACCUAGGUUUGGACUUGAGCACACAACAGUUGAAGGGUAUCGUUGUUUGCUCAGAACCCUCAGGCUCUGAAUCAAACUAUCGCAUAGUCUGUGAAGAUCGAGUCGUGUUUGACGACUUGAAUUUUGGGACAACCUCUGGCGCUAUCGUCGACGGGAAUCGUGCGAGAGCCCCUGUCAAGAUGUGGCUACGCGCCGUGGACAUGAUUCUCGAGAGCCUCAGCAAGAAAAUCGAUCUUCACAAGAUAAGAUGCAUCGGAGGAUGCGGUCAGCAGCACGGAACUGUUUUUUGGCGAGACCCGAGUUUGUUGCACCGGAUGGACCCGAGCAAGUCCCUUGAAGACAACUUGCGAAACGCAUUUUCCAUCGAGCUGUCUCCGAUUUGGAUGGACUCUUCUACGACUGCGCAAUGCUUGAAGCUCGAAGCUCACGUCGGAGGGGCUCUAGAACUGGCCCAUCUCACCGGGUCGAGGGCCUACGAGCGAUUCAGUGGGAAUCAAAUCGCGAAAAUAGCGACGGAGAUGACCGAGGAUUACGAGGAAACGGCGCGGAUUUCUUUAGUCUCCAGCUUCAUACCCAGUCUGUUCUUGGGGGAGGUCGCUCCAAUCGACUUUAGCGACGGCUCGGGCAUGAACCUGAUGAAUAUCCGUACGAAUACCUGGAGUCAGAAGUGUUUGGAUGGAUGCCUCUCUCCGGACAGAGCGGAAGAGCUCUUUAAUAAAUUAGGGGGAGACAGGGGUCUUGUAGCACCUGGUGCGGACCUCGGGGGAGUGUGUUCGACGAUUUGUUCGAGGUUCGGUUUCAGCCCGGAGUGCCGCGUGUCGGCGUUCUCAGGAGACAAUCCAGCCUCCUUCGUUGGCAUGGGAGUUUCGAAAGGAGACAUCGUCAUCAGCUUAGGGAGCUCCGAUACGCUGCUGCUCUGGGUUGACAAGAGUACCCCUCCCUUGCUCCAAGGGCAUCUUUUGGCGAAUCCGAUCGAUCCCGAAUAUCUGAUGGGGAUGCUGUGCUUCAAGAAUGGGAGCUUGAUGCGCGACAGAAUCGCUGAAGAAUGUGCCGGGGGAGAUUGGCAAGUCUUCAAUGCUCUUCUGGAUUCCACGCCGGCGGGUAAUAACGGCAGGGUUGGAGUGUAUUUCGACUUCAUGGAAAUUCUGCCACCCCGUCAAGGACGCUUGCGAUUUGACCUUUGCGGGCGAACUCCGGUCCAAGUUCACAGCCCUUUCGACAACGCCGGGGAAAUCCGGGCGCUGAUUGAAGGACAAUUCAUGAGCAAACGGAUCUACGCGGAGCGAGUCGGCUUUAAGCUAGAAGCUUCGAGCCGGUUGUUGGUGACGGGUGGUGCUUCGGCGAACGCAGCCUUGUGCCAAAUUCUCGCAGAUGUAUUCGACCUCAAAGUAUACAGUCUGACGGUGGCCAACUCAGCAGCUUUAGGAGGAGCCAUACUGGCGCAGCGAUGUAUCGAAGGAGCAGCUUCUAUCGAACCGCUUUCGCAGCUAGUGGCCGUACCUCAGAAGGCCAAUGUCUACGUUGAGCUCCUGCCUAAGUUCCGAAAGUGUUUGGAACACUUCGACCUUCUGUGAAUUGAAGCUCAGCCAGAUAGCUUCAAUCGGAAGAGGAAGCUCCUCCCGGAAGUUUCGAUCUAGUACAGUGAGAUCAUCCUCGUUCAAGGAGGAUCCGCUCUGUUCGAAGUUCCUCACGCGCUCACUACGCUUACGCUUUACUUUCUCGAGAUGACGUAGA